UUGUUCGGCAACACUUCGAGCGCGUUCGGAACCGGAGCAACUUCAAGUGGUUUUUCGUUCGGUGGAAAUGCGGCCAACACAUCAGGUAUGUUCGGCACGCCCGCCUCUAAACCAACUGGGGGUCUGUUUUCCACCCCGGCCUCGACGCAGGGGUUUGGCGCCUCCAGUGGAUUCGGAGCUGUGUUCGGUCAAGCACGAACAACAAGUUCGACCCCGUUUGGCACGACUACAACGUCGACGUUCGGUGGGGGUGUGUUUGGGGGAAAUACUUUCACACAACAACAAAGUGGAACCACAGUAAAGUUUACACCAACAACUGGUUCGGAUACCAUGGUGAAAAGUGGUGUUCAAUCGAAUAUAACGACCAAACACCAAUGUAUUACGGCCAUGAAGGAAUAUGAGAUGAAAAGUAUGGAAGAACUGAGGGUGGAAGAUUAUUUGGAGGGAAGGAAGGGACCAGGCACAGGAACAACACUCACGAAGCCUGCCUCCGGUGGAUUUAACUUUGGUCAACAACCAUCGACGUCGGGAAGCAUGUUUGGUUCAACUGCUAAGCCAGCGUUUGGCACCUCUAGUGGUGGGUUAUUUGGAACAGCGAGCACAUCAACAACAGGUGGUUUGUUUCAACAAUCAAAACCUUUCCAAACUACCAGUGCUGCCAGUGGGUUUAGUUUCGGUGCAGCAACAACUACGUCAUCAUCACUGUUCGGCAACACUGCUAAACCGGCUGGAAGCAUGUUCGGCAACACUGCUGGAGGAUUGUUCGGAUCAAAUACAUCGGGAAACACUGGGUUUGGUGCUCCGUUGUUUGGCAACAAGACGAGUGGGUUUGGUACAACAGUGACAUCUAGUGGAUUUGGAGGUGGAUUGUUCGGACAACCAACGGCAACGAAACCUUCGAGUGAUUUAUUUUCAUCGUCGGGGGGGUUCGGACAAAAUGCAGGUUCCACGUUGUUCGGAGGCAACAAGACGGGGUUUGGGGCGAAAACAACUAACACCGGUAGUUUAUUCGGCAACACUGCUUUAAACACUGGUAACACUGGGAAUAAAUUUGGUGGGUUCGGCAACACUGGGGGUGGGUUUGGGGGGUUUAACUUCUCAGCGGGGGCCAACACGGGUAGUACAGGCGGUGGGUUCGGGGUGACAACUAACGCUGGUACGAUGUUCGGACAACAAUCUACCACCGGGGGUGCUGUUUCAUUAGUUCCGUCGACCAAUCAGCAAUCUGUGGAGAUGUUACAGGCAUUGUUGACAGCACCAUUCGGGGAUUCCCCCUUGUUCAAGAAUGCGUUAAGUGAUCCAGUGAAGAAAAAAGAGCUUUUGAAACCGACGAACCCCAUAGCCCAACAAGCAGCGUUACAAUCACCCAUGUAUCGAGUUUCGCCCAACCCGGCUACCAAGAUCAAGCCUAAAGCACGANCAGGGGUCACUCGGGG